AAGCCUUUUCAAAAACUACCCCAGCCCGCGGCAGUUUACAGUCUCUUGUGGCAGCAAGAUGCUGGCCUUACUUUAUGAACUGAAGGAGCCUCGAAAUUAACUGGCCCAAGGUCACACAGCUAGGGAACUAAGGACUCAAACCCAGGGUUCCUGGCAGGCAGGUGUUUUUCUCCGAGGCUGCCCUUGCCUCUGAGCGUUGGGUCUGGGGAUGGUCCCUGAGCAGGAGAGAGGAGAGGUGGGCAGCUGGGAGUACAGGCUGGCAGGGAGGGGCCUAGAAGGGUCAGGGGGUGCCGGUGGCCGGCUGGGGCUGGCCAGGGCAGGACGGAGGCAACCGGCGGUGAGCUCCAUCGCAGUCGGCUGAUGAGUCCCGAGAGCGGGAGGCGCGCCUUUGUGCAGCCCGGGACACAGCCCUGCCGCGGGGCGCGGGCCGGGAGCGGGGGCGGGCAGCUUCCAGGCCGCGCCAUCCUCACUGGUCCCGCCGCGCCCGGCUCCGGUGCCCGCCGAGCGCACAACCAGUGUGCCAGCUCUCAGAGACUGGUGCUGGGACAAGCAUCACACGGGAGGCGGCCGCGGGCUUUGGGCGUAGGUGGAGCGCCCCUUCUCCGGGACCUUCCAGUGGACAUGGGUGGGGCCCUAGGGCCGGCCCUGCUGCUCACUUCACUCCUUGGUGCCUGGGCAGGGCCGGGCCCAGGGCAAGGAGGGCAGGCAGUGACGGUGGCAGUGGUGUUCAGCAGCUCUGGGCCACUGCAGGCCCAGGCCCCUACUCGCCUUACCACCCAGAACUUCCUGGACCUGCCUCUGGAGAUCCAGCCACUCCCAGUUGGCAUCAACAACACCAACCCCAGCAGCGUCCUCACCCACAUCUGCGGGCUCCUGGGUGCCGCCCGCGUCCACGGCAUCGUCUUUGAGGACAACGUAGACACCGAGGCAGUGGCCCAGCUACUGGACUUCGUCUCCUCCCAGACGCACGUGCCCAUCCUCAGCAUCAGUGGAGGCUCUGCUGUGGUCCUCACCCCCAAGGAGCCUGGCUCCGCCUUCCUGCAGCUGGGCGUGUCCCUGGAGCAGCAGCUGCAGGUGCUGUUCAAGGUGCUGGAGGAAUACGACUGGAGCGCGUUCGCCGUCAUCACCAGCCUGCACCCGGGCCACGCGCUUUUCCUCGAGGGUGUGCGCGCCGUCGCUGACGCCAGCUACUUGAGCUGGCGCCUGCUGGACGUGCUCACACUGGAGUUGGGCCCGGGCGGUCCGCGAGCUCGCACUCAGCGCCUGCUGCGCCAGGUCGACGCGCCCGUGCUGGUGGCCUACUGCUCCCGCGAGGAGGCCGAGGUGCUCUUCGCUGAGGCUGCACAGGCCGGCCUGGUGGGACCCGGCCACGUGUGGCUGGUGCCUAACCUGGCGCUGGGGAGCACCGACGCGCCCCCGGCAGCCUUCCCGGUGGGCCUCAUCAGUGUGGUCACCGAGAGCUGGCGCCUUAGCCUGCGCCAGAAGGUCCGCGACGGUGUGGCCAUCCUGGCCCUCGGUGCCCACAGUUACCGACGCCAGUACGGUACCCUGCCUGCCCCGGCUGGGGACUGCCGAAGCCACCCAGGACCUGUCAGCCCUGCCAAGCAGGCCUUCUACAGGCACCUACUGAAUGUCACCUGGGAGGGCCGAGACUUCUCCUUCAGCCCCGGUGGGUACCUGGUCCAGCCCACCAUGGUGGUGAUCGCCCUCAACCGGCACCGCCUCUGGGAGAUGGUGGGGCGCUGGGAUCGUGGAGUCCUGUACAUGAAGUAUCCAGUAUGGCCUCGCUACAGCACUUCUCUGCAGCCUGUGGUGGACAGCCGGCACCUGACGGUGGCCACACUGGAAGAACGGUCCUUCGUCAUCGUAGAGAGCCCUGACCCUGGCACAGGCGGCUGUGUACCCAACACUGUGCCCUGCCGUAGGCAGAGCAACCACACCGUCAGCAGUGGGGACAUAACCCCCUACACCAAGCUCUGCUGCAAGGGUUUCUGCAUCGACAUCCUCAAAAAGCUGGCCAAGGCGGUCAAGUUCUCCUACGACCUGUACCUGGUGACCAACGGCAAGCAUGGCAAGAGGGUUCGCGGUGUGUGGAAUGGCAUGGUCGGGGAGGUAUACUACAAGCGGGCAGACAUGGCCAUCGGCUCCCUCACCAUCAACGAGGAGCGCUCUGAGAUCAUAGACUUCUCGGUGCCUUUCGUGGAGACCGGCAUCAGCGUGAUGGUGGCAAGGAGCAAUGGCACCGUCUCCCCCUCGGCUUUCCUGGAGCCCUACAGCCCUGCCGUGUGGGUGAUGAUGUUUGUAAUGUGCCUCACCGUGGUUGCCGUCACUGUCUUCAUGUUCGAGUACUUCAGCCCUGUCAGCUACAACCAGAACCUCACCAAGGGCAAGAAAUCUGGAGGACCGUCCUUCACCAUUGGCAAAUCCGUGUGGUUGCUGUGGGCACUGGUCUUCAACAACUCUGUUCCCAUCGAGAACCCCCGGGGUACCACCAGCAAGAUCAUGGUCCUGGUGUGGGCUUUCUUCGCUGUCAUCUUCCUUGCCAGCUACACGGCCAACCUGGCAGCCUUCAUGAUCCAGGAGCAGUACAUCGACACUGUGUCGGGCCUGAGUGACAAGAAGUUUCAGCGGCCUCAAGAUCAGUACCCGCCCUUCCGCUUUGGCACGGUGCCCAACGGCAGCACAGAGAGGAACAUUCGGAGCAACUACCGUGACAUGCACACCCACAUGGUCAAGUUCAACCAGCGCUCGGUGGAGGAUGCUCUCACAAGCCUGAAGAUGGGGAAGCUGGAUGCCUUCAUCUACGAUGCUGCUGUCCUCAACUACAUGGCGGGGAAGGAUGAAGGUUGCAAGUUGGUCACCAUUGGAUCUGGCAAGGUCUUUGCCACCACUGGCUAUGGCAUUGCCAUGCAGAAAGACUCCCACUGGAAGAGGGCCAUAGACCUGGCACUCCUGCAGUUCCUGGGGGACGGAGAGACCCAGAAGCUGGAGACCGUGUGGCUUUCAGGCAUCUGCCAGAAUGAGAAGAACGAAGUGAUGAGCAGCAAACUGGACAUCGACAACAUGGCGGGUGUCUUCUACAUGCUGUUGGUGGCCAUGGGGCUGGCCUUGCUCGUCUUUGCCUGGGAGCACCUCGUCUACUGGAAACUUCGCCACUCAGUGCCCAACUCACCCCAGUUGGACUUCCUGCUGGCUUUCAGCAGGGGCAUCUACAGCUGCUUCAACGGGGUACAGAGCCUCCCCAGCCCCGCGCGGCCGCCCAGCCCGGACCUCACAGCAGGCUCAGCCCAGGCCAAUGUGUUGAAGAUGCUGCAGGCGGCUCGAGACAUGGUGAACAGCGCGGAUAUGAGCAGCUCCCUGAACCGCGCCACACGCACCAUUGAGAACUGGGGCAGCAACUGCCGAGCACCUGCUCCCACCAGCUCCGGCCCGCGGUCAUCCACCCCGGGACCUCCAGGACAAAGGAGUCCCAGUGGCUGGGGGCCUCCUGGUGGCGGCCUCCCACCACAAACGCGCAGGGCCCCGCAGCUCCCCGGCCGCCCCGCGACGUGCGGGCCGCCUGUGCCCGAAGUGUCCCGAGCACCCUGCAGGCACGCUUGGGAUGCGCGGUGGCCGGUGCGGGUCGGACACCCGGGGCGGCACCUCUCGGACUCCGAGCGGCGCGCGCUCCGGGAGCGCUCCCUGUUGUCCGCGCACUGCCACUACAGCUCCUUCCCUCGAGCUGAGAGAUCCGGGCGCCCCUUCCUCCCGCUCUUCCCGGAGCCCCCAGAGCCCGACGACCUGCCGCUGCUGGGGCCAGAACAGCUGGCUCGGCGGGAAGCUCUGCUGCGCGCGGCCUGGGCCCGGGGUCCGCGUCCUCGCCAUGCUUCCCUACCCAGCACGGUAGCAGAAGCCUUCACUCGAUCCAGCCCGCUACCUGCCAGGUGCACCGGUCACGGCUGUGCCUGCCCCUGCCCCCAACGCCAGCCAUCCUGCCGGCAUUUGGUUCAGGCACAGUCGAUGCGGCUGCCGUCCUACAGGGAGGCCUGUGUGGAGGGUGUACCGGCAGGGGUGGCCACCUGGCAGCCUAGACAGCACGUCUGCCUGCACACCCAUACCCACCUGCCAUUCUGUUGGGGGGCUGUCUGUCGUCAUCCUCUACCCUGUGCCAGCCACAACCCCUGGCACGUCGGAGCGUGGGAGCCUCCAUUACACAGACGCAGGACCCUGGGGCUGGGCACAGGCUACAGGGACAGUGGGGUGCUGGAAGAGGUCAGCAGGGACGCCCGUGGGACACAAAGUUUCCCAAGGUCCUGCACCUGGAGGCGGAUCUCCAGCCUGGAAUCAGAAGUGUGAGGAACUGGCUGCUCUGGUUCCUGUUCGACUGGAUUUGGUGGCUGGCCUUGGCCAUGUUUAGUGGGCAGGCAAGCGUGGGCUUCUGGGCUUCUACUUUGAGAUCCUGGCCACGGGACCCCAGUGAAGAUGAUGUCUGCCAUGGCCAGCUUGUGACCUUAACCGGCUCAGGUCCUGGUGUGGGUUGGGAUCUUACCCAUCACACAAAGCCUUGCAGUCACAGGGAGUAAAAAUGGGUCUCUGUCCCGGUGCCAGCCAGUUCCUGGUUGUGGUUGCUGUGGCCCUGGGCUGGGAACACAGAAACUGGAACUGGAGGAAGGGGUGGGGCCAUCCCACCCCUUGCUCCAGGAGGCUGGAAUGUCUUCUCAUUAGAUCACGGGAGCAUUAAAGCAAUGUUUUACAACCCA